AUGGAAAAGGAUAUAUAUCUGCAACGAAAUAGUUUGCAGAGUUUGGGCAAAAGAGCAGGAGAGUCGGGAGACAACAGACCUGAUGAUAAUGAUGAAGGUAAAAGACAAUCAGAGGACAAGGAGGGAGAUGGCUUUUCUCUGUCCCUGGAUGUCCAGCGAUUCUCCCCCGAAGAACUGAAGGUGAAAGUACUUGGAAGAAAAGUGCUGGUGACAGGAAAACACGAGAAGAAGAGUGAUGAUGGCAGCGGCUCUUCCAGCGACAAAUUUGAAGAGUUCAGGAGAGAAUUUCAGCUGCCAGAAGAUGUCGAUGCUGAAGCUCUUAACUGCUGUUUGUCACAGGACGGUCGGUUAAAGGUUCAAGCCCCACGCCUGGCACUGCCACCUGUGAAUGAACGAACCGUGCCCGUCAACAUCACCUCGGAUACAACAACCAGUCCCCGGCUAAAUCCUGGCCAAGAGGCACAGAAACUGGAGAGUAGAAAAUAUGAGAGGAAAGAUGAGGAGGAAGUAAAAAUGGACAAUUAA